AUGAACGUGCUACGGUCGUUUCUGGUCUUUCUCCUCUGGCUACAGUCAGCUAUCGCGCUGAAAGGUGACUCGAAGUGUAGUCGGGCUAUCUGCGUGAAUGCCACCGUCAGCAAUGAUAUUGUCACUUAUGAAAUGACCUUGAUACGCGACCCUCCUAUUUUGGGUUGGAUGGCCAUGUCAUCGUCUAAGGUUGGGUCGAGUGGUUUCGGGAAGAGCAUGGCACACACGCAUAUGGUCAUCAUGUGGAAAAGCGACGACGACACAACUAUACUGUCGCAACGUUAUGCAGCUGGAUAUCGUGAGCCGGCCCCAGUUGAAGUCCCUCUGGAGGGCGUUGCGAGCAUUGUCAACCCAAAGAUAACAUCCUGGCACCCCACCAAUUCUUCUACCCUCGCUUUCCAAAUUCCACUCAACAAGAUGACCGGUGCCGGGGUAGAACGUCUUAUUUGGGCGUAUUCUCCGACACGUCCAAAGUCGUCCGACCCUUCCUCGCAUAUAGAAUUUCACCGCGCCAAUGGUCACUUUACCCUCGAUCUUAGCAAGGAGCUACCCUCCGACGAGGUUUCUUCUCCCACUCAAGCGAAACCGAUUCCUUCUCCAACCCAGGAUUCUUCCCCGAGUCCAACUCAAGGGAACGACAAGCCUCGUCCAUCCUCAGGUGAACACGACACAAUAAUAAUAUUGCCCUUUGGCCCAUACACAAAACGAGAGAAAGAGCUGAUCGUCCACGCCUUCUUCAUGUCGUUCGGAUUUUUGGUUCUGUUGCCUGCGGGGUCAUUGAUCGGUCGAUGGGGACGGACAUUCACGCCCGUAUGGUUCAAAGCUCACCAGUUCUCUAACCUGUUCCUAGCGCUUCCUGUGAUCACCCUUGGUUGUGUAUUGGGCCUUAUGGCGGUGAUACAACACGAAUCAGACCACUUCUCUAAUGCGCACGAGAUCUGCGGCGUUGUGCUCGUCGGCCUUUACUACGCCCAAAUUUUCUUAGGGAGGUAA